AUGGCACGACCGAAGCAACCGGUUCGCAACCACCCUUCUCGCCGUUCACUUCACCGGCGACAAACCGCCGAUGAUCCUACCACCGGUGCUCCACUGUCGACCGCACCGCCUGCUUCCUCGUCGGCCGAGCCCUCUUCGUCGGCGACGGGCGGAUCCUCCACCGCCAGUGCAAUAGCCGCGAGCACCAUAGCCGCCUUCCGUGACACCACUCCGGCGACUGUAAGUUUCUCUUCUAUUCUGACUACAUCCGCACACCACUCCACCCCGACCACCACAUUGCUCUCAUUUGAUGAUGAUGGUAUGGCUGUCCUUACUCGGGUGGCUCUAUCAUCUCAUUUGGCCGAAUCGUCCUCAACCCCAAAACCAUUCUCCAUUUCAUUAAGUUCGGCUUUUGCUCCUCCUACGAUUGCACCCUCAAGACCCCUUUCCACUCCCAUCUACAGUGAUGAGGAACCAACCCUAACCCCUUCCCAUACGGCUUCCCCCAAUCACUCACGGUUUGAUUUAAACCAAAUGGGGGAUGGUGAGGAUGAAGGAUUGGACGAUAUUACAUUUGAUUUUGAAGUUUCCCACGUCGCCUCACGUUCCGAGUGA